AUGGUUUUUCAAAAUAAAAUUCAAAUUCUGGCUCUUUUGGAGACUAGAAUUAGUGGGAGUAGGGCAGAUAAAAUAAUACGCAAUUUAGGUUUUGAUAGUUAUUUCAUAAGAGAAGCAACUAGAUUUUCUGGUGGUAUUUGGCUUCUAUGGAAUAAAUGUGAUUCGGAUGUGGCUAUUCUCUUGGAUGAACAUCAGUUUGUUCAUUCGAAAGUUAACUGGUUGGCUAGUGGAAAGGAAGAAUUCCUUACCUUUGUAUAUGGAAGUCCCAGGAGAGUGGAUAAGAGGUGUCUCUGGGAGAACUUAAGAAGCAUUGGUUCGACAAUAGGGUCUGAUUGGGUUGUAUUGGGGGACUUCAAUGCCUUUUUGGAGAAAAGUGAAAAGCAGGGUGGUAGGGAAGUAUGCUGGGGGAGUGUGCAAGAAUUUUCUUCUUGCUUAAGUGAUUGCAACCUUUCAGAUUUGGGUUUUGCUGGACCUAAUUUCACUUGGAAAAGGGGGAGGCUUCAGGAAAGACUUGAUAGAGUAGUUGGCAACAAUUCCUGGAUCCUUAAUUACCCGAAUAGAUCUGUCCAUCAUUUGUUGUUCAAUGGUACAGAUCAUAGACCAAUCCUCCUAAAGGAUGAGACUCAGGUGUAUGGUGCUGGUGGUUCUAAACCAUUUAGGUUUCUUGCAGCCUGGCUGACAGAUGAUGGGUUUGGGGAGGUGGUUGAUUCUUGCUGGAAACAGAACCUUGCUUGGAAUGAGGCAAAAGAUAAGUUUCACCUUGAAACUUCUUUUUGGCACCUCAAUAUCUUUAAAGAAAUGCAUAAAAGGAAGAAGCAAUUGCAAGGUAGGUUGAGAGGCCUGGAAACUGAAUUGAGCAGAUGUCCUAGGGAUUCCUUGGAGAGACUGCAUAAGGAACUAUGGCAAGAACUGAAUACAAUCUUUGUUCAGGAGGAACUUACUUGGUUCCAACGUGCAAGGUGUAAGUGGCUUGCAUUUGGGGACAAAAAUUCUAAGUUUUUUCAUUCUGCAACAGUGGCUAGACUUAGGAGGAAUAAGGUGUUGGCUUUAAGAAAGGAAGGGGGGAUUGAGAGGAAGACCCAAGCAAGCUGA